AUGGAGCAGGACACCCGAGCAGAGGGUCCACAACAAUCAAAUUCCAGGUUGGAUAUUAGGGUAGCCUUUCUGGUCUCUCCUCGCUUAGCUGGGUUGUUUGUAAAUAUGAGCCUCGGUAGUUGGCGGGCGCCUCUUUGGGACGAGGAAGAGCAACCACCACCACCACCACUAGCACCAGCACCAGCAUCCUCAAUCCUCCUCGGUUGAUCUUCCAU